UUCAUUCUAAUUUCUAAUGAUAGAAAAUGGCGGCUACCUUAAAUGGAGUGUUGGAAAACAAUCUAGCUGAGAGCAUAAUAAAAAGCCGCUUGUUGAUGGUGGGAGCCGGUGGCAUUGGUUGUGAAUUAUUGAAAAAUUUAGUUCUUUCAGGUUUUAGCAACAUAGAAGUGAUUGAUCUGGACACUAUUGAUGUUAGUAAUCUCAAUAGACAGUUUUUAUUUCGUAAAGAACAUGUUGGCAAAUCAAAAGCACAGGUGGCCAAAGAGAGUGCUCUGAAAUUCAAGGCUGAUGCCAAUAUUGUUGCGCAUCAUGAAAGUAUAUUCAGUCCUGAGUUUGGGUUAGAUUUCUUCAAGCAGUUUACAUUGGUAUUAAAUGCUCUUGAUAACAGAGCUGCUCGUAACCAUGUCAACCGUAUGUGUCUAGCUGCUGAUAUACCUUUAGUUGAAAGUGGCACUGCUGGAUAUCUGGGACAAGUCACUGUCAUCAAAAAGAAAUUAACCGAAUGUUAUGAGUGUCAACCAAAACCAACUCAAAAAACUUUUCCUGGAUGCACCAUUAGAAAUACUCCAUCUGAGCCGGUUCACUGCGUGGUGUGGGCCAAACAUUUGUUCAAUCAAUUGUUUGGAGAAGAUGAUCCUGACCAAGAUGUAUCUCCUGAUACAGAAGAUCCUGAACUAGCAGCUGAAGCAGGACAGGCUGCUUUAUCAACUGAAGCCAAGAAAGACACCAUAGGUGGCAUUGAGCGCAAGUCCACUCGCUCCUGGGCCAUGGAAACUGGCUAUGAUGCUGAAAAACUUUUUAACAAGCUUUUUAGAGAUGACAUCAAGUAUUUACUGUCUAUGGAAAAUCUGUGGAAGAAAAGAAGAGCUCCUCAACCAUUGGACUUCCAGGAACUACCUGGAAAAGGUGAAGCCAUGUGUACUGGUGUGAUGAGGGACCAACGUGUCUGGUCAGUUCAAGAAUGUGCUGACAUCUUUGCCCAGAGUUUGGCAGCUUUAAAACAAGAUCUCUAUAGCAAAGGGGAUGGUGGAACUCUGGUUUGGGAUAAGGAUGAUCACAAUGGCAUGGACUUUGUUUGUAGUGUAGCCAACAUAAGAGCCCAUAUAUUUGGAAUUACUUUAAAAUCAAAAUUUGAUAUCAAAUCCAUUGCUGGUAACAUUAUUCCUGCUAUUGCUACAACCAAUGCAAUUAUAGCUGGGCUUAUUGUAAUGGAAACUUUAAAGAUUCUUUCUGGAAAUAUUUCCAAAUGUAAACAAGUUUAUUUAAAUCGUAUUCCCAAUGACAGAAAAAGGUUAUUGUUGCCUUGUGCCCUUGACCCCCCUAACCCCAAGUGCUAUGUUUGCUCAGAGAAACAUGAAUGCACUGUUAUGCUGAAUACACAGAAAGUGACUGUCAGAGUUUUACAAGACAAAAUAUUAAAAGGUCACCUCAAUAUGAUUGCUCCUGAUGUUGAGAUUGAUGAUGGCAAAGGAACUAUUAUUUUAUCUAGUGAGGAAGGAGAGACAGAAGAAAAUUAUGACAAGGUGCUGAGUGUGUUUGCUGUGGGUCAAAGUUCAAGGUUAAAGUGUGACGACUUUCUACAAAACUAUUCUCUGACCAUCAAUAUAGUACAUGUUGAGAAACUUGAAGAAGAAAAAGAGUUUGAAGUCGUCGGAGAUAUUUCCCAGUUCCAUCCUACAGAGACAACUACUGAAAGUCCAGUGGAGGGACAUACCAAUGGUGCAUCCAAGUCUAAAGCCACAGAAGAGGAAGAUGACUUGCUGAUUGUUGAGGAUCAAGUGACUCCAGAUCUGGUUUCUACUGGCAGAAAGCGUCCUGCUGAGGACCAGCAAGAUGCAUUGCUGAUUAAAAGAAAGAAACAAGAGUCCAAUACAGAAGACAAUGAAGAUGUUAUUGAAAUUUCCUGAAUCUGUUAUUAUUUUCCUUCCAUAUCACUUUGUGUUGUUGUGUAUCUACAUUGACUAUUUGAUCAUGUUUGUUCAGUUAAUUAGCACAACUUGUUGUGUGUACUAUAUAUUUGUAUGGAAUACUAAGGGUAUAGUUUUUGUUUUCAUUUCAACUAUUUGUUUCAAUUCCAAACAUCUUUUUAUAAUUUAUUUCACUUUAUUAUGCUCAUGUGUCAUCUUUUGUUAAGAACCAUUACAUUGUGUAAAUUGUUCUUGUUAAGAAUAAAGUAAACAUGUUCUUCAAACAAAACCAAGUUUCAAUAAAAUACAUUUUUGGUA